AUGUCAGAAAACACGUGGUUGUGGAUUCGAGCUCUGCCUCUGCCUCUGGCAUCUUCGCUCGCUGAGGCUGUAGGACAUGAAAGCAGCAUUGCAUGCAGAUUCUUUAAUUUCACCAGUCAGACAUUCAAUAUGAUGUCCCGUCACAAGAUUCUCUGCAUGGUCGCAGCCACGUCAAGCUUUGCUGCGGCAUUCUUGACAUUGCCACGGCUGGGGUGUUCAGCUGCCAGGAGUAACUUCGCAGGCGUUCCUCGCACAGUGUUCCAUGCCGGCACUAUGGGCCCCCUGGAGGGCAUGGAGGGGAUGGUCUCAGAGCCCUCCGUGGUCCCAGCCAUGGCCGUGGCGGCUUUCUUGUUCUCUUCUCUUUCGGUGGUGAUGAGCCAGAGGUGGGCCGCGAGGCACUCGAACGCCACGUCGGCGAUGUCCUCCUCGAAGCUCACGGGUGCUCAGGUGGCUGUGCACGUGGCCUCCUCGCCGACCUCCUCCAGGUUCAACGAGGUGAGGCCACUUCGACACUCGACCGCACGUGCGGCCAUGGUGUUCGAGCGCUUCUCCGAGAGGACUAUCAAGGCCGUGGUGUUGGCGCAGACCGAGGCGCAGCGCAUCAAGCAGGACCACGUGGGGACCGAGAUGAUGGUGGUGGGCUUGCUGGCCGAGGGCAGUGGGGGCGCCAAGGCCCUGCAGGCUCUGGGCGUCCGCCUCGAGGAGGACUCCGUGGAGUGCGCCCGCGAGCGAGACAUGCAGCAAGUGAACACCUGCCAUCUGCUGCGGGCGCUUCUACGACAGGUUGAGAGCAAUGGCUGCAAGCUGUCCGCGGCUCAAAAGGUGUUUGGUGGGGCGCUCGCGAAGGUGCUGGCCACGGACAGCCCGCAGGUGCUCCGCGAGAGGGUGCUGGCAGCCCUUGCGCAGCAGGAGAGCACCGAGGUCACCGGAGACAAGGUCUUGGCAGGUGCUGUGCGUCCGGCCAUCGAGGAUGAGGUGGACUUGACUCAGACGCAGCUCAAGUUCGGCACGGACCUGACAGAGGCAGCACGCGAGGGGCGUCUCGACCCGCUGGUUGGUCAGGGCCCAGAGAUGGGGGACACCGCAGGGCGUCGUCACGAGGAGCUGCGUCGAACAAUCCGCAUCCUUGGUCGCCGCACCAAAAACAAUCCCGUGCUGGUGGGUGAGGCUGGCGUUGGGAAGACGUCCAUCGCUCUUGGGCUGGCUCAGCUCAUUGCCGAGGGGAAGGUUGUCCAGCUCGAUUUGGCGCUGCUGUUGGCCGGCACGCGCUAUCGAGGUGACUUCGAGGAGCGGUUGCGUGCCGUGGUGAAGGAAGUCACGGACAGCAAGCGCCGUGUCAUUCUCGUGGUUGACGAGGUUCACACCCUCGUGGGUGCAGGCAGCGGUGGUGGCGACACCGGAGGUGGAAUGGCCAAUCUCUUGAAGCCCGCUUUGGCCCGCGGCGAGCGCGAAGCCAAGUCGUGCAGGUAUCGCAAGUACAUCGAGCGAGAUCCGGCAUUGGAGAGGCGUUUCCAGCCCGUGAAGCACUCAGAGCAUGCUGCAGGGACCUAUAGUUUCUGGAUGACCGACCUUUGGAGGGACAUUCCCACCGCAUAUGAAUCCCUGUCAGCGUACCAGAACCCACGGAAGAGGAGUCGGCCCGGUGAGAUUGGCGCCAUGGAUGGGGGGAACACCGCCGUGAUCCGGAACGCCUUUGACGGCCUCAAGGAGGCCUUCGCCUCAAUGGUGGAGAAGCACAAUUUCCAAGACAAGAAGCUGUCGGUGCUCCAGCAGCAGCUGACGGAUCUGAAGAGAAGGGCUGCCGCUCGAAACCGUGCGACUCCAGCUGCAACGACAGACGGUGCCGACGUUGCAGAGAUCAAGAAGGUCUACACCAACGCCGGCAUCACCUUCAGUCGGGAACUGCUCAUGUCCUGUUUGGACGCGCCCAGCGAUUCGAUGGACAUCCGGAUGCAGCCAUGCCUCGAAGAGCUGGCCCGAGAACUGGGCCGGCCCAUCCCCAGCAAUGCGAGACAGAGCGACCUGCAGCCCGUCCAGCAGAGCAGAAAUUCAGCUCAGGGUGAGAUUGGCGCCAUGGAUGGGGAGAACACCUCCGGGAUCCGGAACGCCUUCGACGGCCUCAAGGAGGCCUUCGCCUCAAUGGUGGAGAGGCAGAAGGAGCAACAUGAAAGACUCCUCGAAAUGCAGCACGCGACGGCAGUCCAAGACAAGAAGUUGUCGGUGCUCCAGCAGCAGCUGACGGAUCUGAAGAGCGCGACUCCUCCACAUGUGGUUGUAGAAAUUCAACGAGACGGUGCCGACGUUGCAGAGAUCAAGAAGGUCUACACCAACGCCGGCAUCACCUUCAGUCGGGAACUGCUCAUGUCCUGUUUGGACGCGCCCAGCGAUUCGAUGGACAUCCGGAUGCAGCCAUGCCUCGAAGAGCUGGCCCGAGAACUGGGCCGGCCCAUCCCCAGCAAGGCGAGACAGAGCAAGACCUGCAGCCCGAACCCCAACACGGACUGGUCCUACUGGAAGGGCGAGUGGUACUACUGGAAUGGCGGGUGGAGGAAGUUUCAAAGCUCCAAUUCACAGGGCCGCAAGUGA